AUGUUUUCCUUCAAGAAAAGCUCGAAACGGCCUGUGCCUGAUGAGAGGCCCAUCCAAGAGUUAAAUACAACUCACACCUUAUCAUCCACUACCCCUGAUAUAGUAUGGUCCCCUGGCCAACUUGGAGAUCCAUCACAAACCCCGAUAGACCUGAACCGAAAACCCUCGCUGGCUAGGACUUUUCGAGCAGGCUCAACAAGCUCGUCGUUUGGCCUCCAUCAUGAAACUUCGCCAGUUCCUAACAGUCGGCGCAACGAUCCUCUUGGCUUAACCGUUGUCUAUGAGCCAGAAACAUCGCCUGCUCUGGAUAUCAUCUUUGUCCACGGCCUUGGCGGAACAAGCCGGGCUACAUGGGCAAGAGGCCGAGAUCCACAGUAUUUUUGGCCGGAAAAAUGGCUUCCUCUCGAGCCUGGAAUUCGGAUGGCGAGGAUUCUGUCGUUUGGUUACAACGCGAGCUGGGCCGCCACCGGGUCGGCUCCCAUCACAGGCAUCGCAGAUUUCGCGAAAGAUUUGUUAUAUUCGAUGAAAUUUGCGAAAAAUGACAAUUUAGAUGAACUCGAGUUGGGCCAGAGACCGAUUAUAUUCAUUGUGCAUUCCAUGGGAGGGCUAGUCGUCAAACAGGCAUACAUCAUGGGCCAAAAUGAUGAUCAGUAUUCUAAUAUUGUCUCUUCGAUCAGUGCGAUAUUGUUUUUGGCGACCCCACAUCGCGGGUCUAAUCUAGCCGACAUCUUGAACAAGAUUUUGACUGUUUCAGUCUUCAAUCACAGCCCCAAGCUAUACAUAUCUGAGUUGAGUGUUGGUUCGCAGACUGUCGCAGCUCUGAACGAGCAGUUUCGUCACAUUGCUCCAAAUUUGGACAUACUUUCAUUCUAUGAGACAUUACAGACUUCCAUUGGACCUAAGAAAAUGAUGGUAGUCGAAAAAGAUUCAGCGACUCUCGGUUACCCGAAGGAGAUAUCAAAGGCCCUCCUUGCCGAUCACCACACAGUGUGCAAGUUCGAUAGCAAUCAGGAUUCUAAUUACAUCAGCGUUAGAAACGCUUUGAAAACCUUGGUCUCGUCAAUUCGUUCGGCAGGGGAAUCUUUGUUUGGAGAGCAAGAAAAGUCCCAGCUCGAGCAAUUACAGACCCUACUAGCAAUCUCAGAAACAUUUCACGAUGAUCUCGAGUUCUUUCGUGCCAGGUGGACACCUGGGACCUGCGAGUGGAUACUUUUUAAUCCAUCCUUCGUCAAUUGGAUAGAUCAAGCUGAUAACACCCCGACAAUGCUCUGGUUGCACGCAUUGCCAGCCAGUGGCAAGUCUGUCUUAUCAUCGUUUGUUACGCACCAGCUUCUAGAGGACUCUCUCUGUGUAUACUAUUUUUUUCGAUUCAGCGACGAGUCUAAGCGCUCGUUGUCUUACUGCCUGAGACAUGUCGCUUUUCAGAUAGCAAAGCAGCUCCCAGCAUUUCGUCGCGCAUUGAAAAACAUCUCAUUUGCCACGAAAACGUUGGAAAAAACAGAUGCAAAGACCAUCUGGGACAGAAUUUUCGUCCGACUGCUGUUCAAAAUGAGACUCGCAACAACGAUCUACUGGGUUAUUGAUGGGUUGGAUGAGUCUGACAACCCACAGCAGCUGCUAGAUUUGAUGCAGAGUGUAUGUCAUUCAUCCACACGCAUCAAGGUGCUUUUUGUUAGUCGCCAGACUUCGGGGCUCAUUACAACCUUUGACCGUCUGUCCUCUCUACUCUCGGUCGCAUACCUGCCUCUCGAAGACACAAAAAAAGACAUCAGGCUUUAUGUUGAGCAGGAAGUGGAAUACUUGCACGCCGCUCCCGACUUUAAAGCGCGGCUGGUGGAUAAAAUGACGAAAGGUGCGGAUGGUAAUUUUUUAUGGGCCAGCCUUGCUAUGCGUGAGGUAAUGGAGUGCAAUACCGAAGAAGAUGUUGAUGAAACGCUGAGCGGCAUUCCCGGUGGCAUGGAGCGACUAUACCAACGCUUGGAGCGUACAAUCAUUGCGAAUACAAAACCACGGGAUCGGAAAUUGGGAAAGAGUAUUUUGACCUGGGCGAUAUGUUCCCGACGCCCGCUAGUCCUCAGCGAGUUGGUCCAGGCGUUGGAGCCUAACUAUUCAUUGAUGCUGGAUAUGAAAUUCGUCAUCAACCGUGUCUGUGGCCAGCUAGUCAUCGUCGACUCUGCCACCAAUAGACUAAUGAUGGUACACGAGACUGCGAGGGAUCAUAUCUUGGCGACUGAUUCGGAGCUUGGGGUCCACUUAGCAGACGGACACCAGAUGCUGUUUGCCAGGUGUCUAGCCGUCUUGGAGGAGAAACACCAUCUGCCCCGAGACCUGGCUCUUCAGCCCGAGACUGGGAAGAAAGUCCUGAAGGGAGAGCUAUUUCAUUAUGCAAUGACAUCGUGGACUUAUCACCUAGAUAAAGUCUCGCCUGAUUCAGAUGAGCCAUUAUUGCUCAUGGCGAAAUUUCUCAAGGGCAAUUGUGUUCUAGACUGGAUUGUGGCGCUGGCUUUAACAAGGCGAUUGCGAGUGCUUGUGUCUUCAGCAAAGAGCAUGAAUCUAUACGCCCGACGAAAAAGAGGUCGUUAUGCUGUGACGAAUCCAAUGGCCCAUCGCCUUCAAGAGCUUAAUUUGGUUGAAACAUGGGCGACAGACUUGCUUAAACUCAUUGGGAAGUUUGGGUUGUCUUUGACCGAAAGCCCGACAUCUAUUUACCAGCAAAUUCCGCCAUUUUGUCCGAAGAGCUCGAUGAUAUUCCGGCAAUUCAAUUCACAUUCUCUGGUGGUUGAUGGACUAUCGACAGCAACAUGGGACGACAGCCUAGCCAAGAUCUCUCUUCAGCCCGCUACUCAAGGUCUCAUCAUUGAUUGUGCGGGAGACCUCUUCGCUGUGUUGACGAGUGGAGGAGUCAUUACUCUGUACAGCUCUACGACUUUUGAGACAAGGCGUGUGCUCAAACAUGAGGAACAGGUUUCUGCGAUGAAGUUCAGUCGCAACUCACAUCUUCUUGCGACUUACGGUUAUCGGACAACGAAGGUGUGGUCAGUCGAUUCAGGGCGAAUUAUGCACCAGAUUCAAAACCCCAUCGGCAGCACAGUCCAAGCUAUAGAGUUUUCUGCCAAUGAUACUCAGCUCGUCAUUGGGUCGGCUGAUCGACUUCUCAGAGUUGCUCGGUUGAUGGAUCCAGCUCCUGCUUGGUCGGUUUUGCAUCGCAGUCUACUCACAAUUGACGCUGCCCUUGACAGACCUGUGCACAACAUGCCCUGGCGUAUGGCAUUCAGCCCUGACGCGACUUGUGUCGCUGUAGCUUAUCGUGGUUCUCCCAUGUGUGUCUGGUCUCUUGAGACCGCUCAGCUGCUGGGGCGAUGCAUGCGCAGCCAGGAACUGGCCGGAAAUCUUUGGACCGUUGUGGACCAAAUUGUCUGGCAUCCAAAAUCGGAGGAGGUUCUUGGUCUAUACAUGGGAGGACAGGUAUUCAGAUGGAAUCCCUACACCGACAGCCAGCAGGAAUUAGACGCGCGUGGGUCGAUUCUCGCAUGCAGUCCUGAAGGGAAAUUUUUUGCAGUAGGGGACAGUCAGGGCACGUUGAAGCUCUACAACUUCCACCAUUUCAGCAUGAUCUAUAAGCUUUCCUGCGACAAAAUGAUCACGGAUAUCUGUUUCAGCCCGGACAGCAGAAGGCUAUAUGACCUCCGCGGGGCAUGGUGCAAUGUCUGGGAACCAAAUGCAUUGCUUUCAGGGGAGGAUCAUGGGGAUAAUAGCGACAUAGGAAGUGAGGCUGCCAGUAUUCCAACAGCCCUGGUUUCUGAAGCUUCGUCAGAAGUACGACCACAGAUAACCGCAAUUGCCAUUUCUGAUGGAGGGCAAUAUCAUGCAAUUGGAAACGAAGCUGGAGUUGUCAGCAUGAUAGACUCCUCGACUAGCAACAAUCAGGCAAUCGAGCUCUGGAGGACACCUUUGGAGCUACCUAUUGCACAUUUAGAUUGGUCGUCCAAUCGACGAUUCCUUGCCUGCGUUGAGAUGGCGGGGAGUGUCGUUGUGAAGGAUAUUCAUCGCGAUGACGACGGGACCUGGGCCGUUGAUGUAGCAUUCAAGGUGAGAAUCAACUUGAGCCCCGGGGGUAUUCAACAAGUCCUUCUCGACAGCAGUGGGGCAAUGGUCUUGAUUAAAAAUGGGCCCUCGGUCAACGUGCAACCGGUACAAUUGACUCCGAUUGACACAGAGCCAUUAAACAUUACAUCGCCAAAUACGAAGUGGACAAAACAUUCGACAAACCCAGAAUUACUAUUGUCUUUCAGCACCAGUCAUAUACGCAUCUACAGAUGGGAUGAUCUUUCUGAAAUCACAUCUCUCGACCUGGAGAUACCGUCCCUGCUCUUGCGAUCAAGUCCAGAUAUCUCGCUAGAUCUCGCCAGGGUUGAUCUUCAUCGCGAGGAUAAUGUCAAGAUUAAGCGAGUCUGCAACAUUCACUCAGGCUCUGACUUCCUCGUUCAUAUCGUCUUUCCAACAACGAAUGGUCGAGAAACUGCCACAUCACUGUUCCGAUUACCACACAGUCCAGCCAUGUCUGAUUCAGUGACUAUACCAGCCGAGCUUCAGCAUCAAAUCGAGAUUCCACUGGGGAUUCUCUCCCGGAAUCGUCUUGUAUUUCUCGAUAGGAACUACUGGAUCUGCUCUUGGAUCCUUAGUCCCGACUUUAACUCUGAACGCGUUGAACGACACUUUUUUCUCCCAAGCGAUUGGCGCAAUAUGGAAUGUUUGGAAUUGUGCGCGUUGCUUCCGGAUGGAGUAUUCUUGAUUCCAAAUAAUGGCGAGAUAGCUAUGAUUAGAAGUACUGGGUUAAGUCAUGGGUGA